AUGUAUGGCACGAAAGUAGCGCUGAAAAUGCUGACACUGAUUCCUAAAACUGGUAUCGCUUCUUUUCCUGAUCCACAUCAACAAAUGGAAAUGGUACAUAUGGAAAGCAAACACGUUUCAAAAAAGUCCCGCAAAGCAGCACGCCAUACACCAGUCCCAGUACCCCAGUCCCAUUCCCCCAAUAUUAUUCGCAAGUCGUGCCAACACAGAGAAAGCGGGAGUUGUCAGACAACUCGACACCGUCCAUUCUGCCGUUUCAAUUGCUUGUCCACUUCGGUUGCUGAGUCGCCGCCACUCCUCGCUAUGUGA